CAAGCUUACGGAAAUUUUAUCCGCGCGAAUCAAAACAUCAAUAUACUGAUUAUUUUUCUUAUAAGAUAACAUGGAACAAAACGGUUUUAUUUUAGUAUUUUGAAGUGAAAGAUCAUCCUAUUUUGAAUAAGCAUUAUCUUUUGACAAGGAACCUGCGUCUCCAUUCGCUUUUUUCCAUAAACUCUUACGAUUUCUGACAUUUAACACUAUUUCAAUGUUUUGAGACUUGAACCGGGAACAUGUGGACGUUACCGAGAACCCGGUUCGCGCACUGUAAUGGUUCGUCGAGCGGUGAUGAGAGAGAAGUUGCCGUUAAUAUCGGCGGCGUGCGGCUGGUGCUGUGCGGGGAGCUUCUGAACCGCUAUCCGGAGAGCAGGCUCGCUGAACUCGUGAACUGUUCACCCCGGAGUUUUGAUGUGAUUUCAUCGGUUUGCGAUGAUUACGACCCUGGGAAAAGAGAAUUCUACUUUGACAGAGACCCCGACUCGUUUAAAUGCAUCGUAGAAGUGUACUACUUUGGCGAGAUCCAUAUGAAGCGAGGAAUCUGCCCUAUUUGUUUCAUCAAAGAAAUGGAGUUUUGGAAGAUCGACUUGAGCUACUUGGACGAAUGCUGCAAGAGUAACUUGAACGAGAAGGAGGAAGAAUUGGCGGAGAUUGCGGACAAGGUGAAAAUGAUCUUGGAUGAUCUGGACUCUGACCCUGACGUGAGCCGCAAUGAGAGGUGGCAGAAGUUCACCUGGAAGCUCAUGGAGAAACCGGACUCCUCGCUUACCGCACGCGUAAUUGCCAUCGUGUCUUUUCUAUUCAUUCUAGUGUCAUCUUUUGUAAUGUGUAUCGGGACUAUACCGGACCUUCAAGUGGAGGACUCCGAAGGGAACCGUGUUGAACAUCCCACCCUGGACGCUAUUGAAACGGCAUGCAUCGGUUGGUUCACGGUGGAAUACGUGCUGCGCCUCGCAUCAUCCCCUAAUAAGCUACGCUUUGCUCUCUCCUUCAUGAAUAUUAUAGACUUCAUGGCCAUCUUGCCGUUUUACGUAGUUUUGAUUCUCACGUACCUCGGCACGGCCAUGAUGGAGCUGGCCAACGUGCAACAGGCGGUGCAGGCGCUCCGCAUCAUGCGCAUUGCGCGGAUCUUCAAGCUGGCGCGCCAUUCAUCUGGCCUGCAAACUCUAACCUACGCGCUGAAAAGCAGCUUCAAAGAGUUAGGUCUGCUUCUCAUGUAUAUGGGAGUAGGUAUUUUUGUGUUCUCCGCGCUCGGGUACACCAUGGAACAGAGCCACCCGGAGACGCUCUUCCGAAGCAUACCACAAUCAUUUUGGUGGGCCAUCAUCACCAUGACCACCGUCGGCUAUGGGGACAUCUACCCAAAGACAACUCUGGGCAGAUGCAACGCGGCCAUCAGUUUUCUGUGUGGUGUGAUCGCCAUUGCGCUUCCCAUACACCCCAUCAUCAACAAUUUCGUAAUCUAUUACAACAAACAGAAAGUGCUCGAGACCGCCGCCAAGCACGAGCUUGAACUCAUGGAGCUAAGGUCGCUCGAGCUCGCCAUGAAAAGCACCUCGCGCAGGUGUGACGCGUCCGGGAGAGCGUGGGAAGGUGCCAUGCGCGCGUCGCGUAGCGAUACAUUCAUUCCUCUUCUUUCGGGAUCGCAAAGGAGUGAGAGGGAGUCGGUGAAGAAAAGAAGUCUGUCUUAAGACUAAUAUUGAAAUAAAUUUAAAAAGCACUUUAAGUUUUACGAGAGUGUUAUUAAUGUUCAUUGUGCGC